AAACCGGUCUGCUCUGACUGUUUUGCCUUCUACAAAGCUGCAGGGAGACUUGCCAUUCUUGCUUUUCAAUCUCUUUGCCAGAAUUCAAGUGCACAGCCAUGCUGACAGCUAACCCUGACAGGAUAUGAGUUUCUUCCGUGACAAGCGAGUAUUCAUAUCACUGUCAGGCACAUAGUUCGGGUGCAGGGCUCCGAGUGUGGAUCGUGGCGGCAUGGAGCAUAUCCUGGACGCUCAGAACCCAAGGGCCAAUCUGUCAAAAGAUGUGUUGGAUAAGGAGUAUUCACCAAGUCAAUGUUCUAAUCGAGUUACAGCAACCUUCACGCCAGGUGCUAUCAUCGCAGAUUAUGUAGACAUAGCCAGAAAUGAAACAAUGAAAGCACGUGAUCAGUUUCGUCAUGAUCUUGAUGUCAAGGUUUCUGAAACAUCUACUGUGGACAUUUAUUGGCCUGAAAACAGUGAUAAUGAUCAGCAACAGUUUGAACCAAAGUAUGUAUUUGUGUAUGUUCAUGGUGGAAACUGGGAGGCAAUCAGCACAGCGGAAGCUGGACAUAUGGCCAAUGUUAUUUGCCCCAGGGGUAUCGUAGUGGUCACAGUUGGUUACAGCCUUGCACCAAAAGCUCAUCUCUCACUAAUGGUGCAAGAAGUUCAAUCUGCAUUUGCCUAUGUGGCCCGUAGGUUCUCCACGUCAAGAAUAGUAGGAUGUGGAUUCUCAGCUGGUGCACACCUUCUAGCCCAAAGUAUGGCAUCAGUGAACUGGAAGGACGCGUAUGGAAUAGAACCAUCAAGAUUUCAUUCCAUGAUUUCACUCUGCGGCCUCCUUGACCUGUAUUUAGUGCGUUGCAGUUACGUAAACGACUUCCUGAGGCUAUCUGAGGAAGAAGCAAAGCAGCUCAGCCCCAUCCACAAUGUCCAGAGCAUGAAGCAGUUUGUCAAUGAUAAACACUCUCUCAACUUCCUGAUUGCAGUCGGUGAAUUUGAUUCCAGCGAAUACCGCAAACUCAGUGACUCCUACAGACAUGUUGUUGAGGCUGAGCUAGGAGUCAAGGUGAAGUAUGAGGAGUUACAAGGACAUGAUCACUUCCAAAUCGAUGCAUCCUUGACCAAUGCAGGCUCAGCUCUCAUGAAGCUCAUUGACAGUAUACUACAGUAGAUCAUUUACUUACACUACAUGACCCGCUAAAGAGAAGUAGGACUGACUGAGUUACCAUGGUUACCAGAGCUGUGCAGUUACACAGGACCGCCGGAAGCAGUAUUCAAUUGGUCCGGUCGUGCCAAAGCCUUUCAUACAUUGUGUCUGAGAUAUUGGGAACAUAUAACCUCCUUAGCAGUUAACAUGCACUGGUCGGGACAACAAGUUGGUCCGGUAAUAACCUGACCGACCGGACCAGUUCCGGCGGGCCUGCAGUAGAACUAGCCUGUCGAGCUUGAAUCAACACUGCCAUGGUAUAGGAAUGAGCAGUGGGAUACUUUAGAAAUCAUGCAGCCAGGCUAAUGCAGUGUGCACAUAUCUGCAGAUCUUACCAGUGUUACCACCCACAUGCCCAUUGACACUUCACCACAACUUACCAACUGCCAAGAUACCAUGCACAGUGCUUGAACACUAUGCUCUACACGUUUCCAGUCAUCCUCUCUUAGUGCGGGAUUACUGUACUUAUUUGCUUCAACAUGAUCGGCACGACGGCCAGCGUAUGUAGUUUACGCUUCAGCUGUUCCCGUCGGCUGUCAGCUGUCAUUCGGUCACUGUUCUGAUUUUCAUGUAAUAACUAACGUUACCUGUGUUUUUCAAUGGCAGCUUAGAGCCUGUAAGGAUGCUCGCUCCUCAGAGCUUUUAUUGUACUAACUACUUACAAAGAUAA